GCCUCGACAACAACUCCCGGCGUGCUUUGCGGGUGGCGAGUCCAGCUUGGUAGCUGUAGUUCGCAAAUCAGCCCCGUUUCCUUGUUUCUAUUCUACACCAAGGGGAAUCUGCUCUGCAAAGAGAAACAGAUGUGUUAUUAUUGAUCAGACCUGUGUGAAUUUAUGGAAACAUGUCAAAGAAACGCGGCAGGAAGCGCAGCAGCGGGGAGCUGAGUGAGAGCUCGACGUCGACCCUCACCCCAGACCCUGACAACAUGCUGGGCCUGAGGAUCCAGCACACCUGGAGAGAGAAGGGCAACCUGACCAAGUGGAAAGGCACAGUGCUGGAGCGCCUGUCUGUGAACAGUUCCCUCUACAUGGUCAAAUACGACGGCUUCGACUGUGUCUACGGCAUCGAGCUGUUCAAAGACGAGCGGGUGUCCAACCUGCAGGUGUUGGCAGAGAAAGUCGUGAACAACAAGAUCAAGGUGCCUCCUGGAGCGGAGGAGCUGGUGGGCAGGGCAGUGGAGCAUCUUUUCGAGAAGGAGGACGGCGAGAAGAACGAGUGGCGAGGCAUGGUGCUGUCCCGAGCCCCCAUCAUGACCCACUGGUAUUACAUCACCUACGAGAAGGACCCAGUGCUCUACAUGUACCAGUUGUGGGACGACUACAAGGAUGGAGAUCUACGCGUUCUGCCCGAAUCCGAGAACAAACACCUGCUGCCAGCAGACAGGAAGCCAGGUGAGGAGACAGAGAGCCUUGUGGGUAAGCAGGUGGAGUACGUCACAGAUAAUGGCCUGAAGAGAACAGGCCUGGUCAUCUAUCAGGUUCCAGCCAAGCCCACCGUUUACUAUAUCAAAUAUGACGAUGACUUCCACAUCCACGUCUACGAUCUGGUGAAGACGACCUAGUACUGACUGUCGAGUUUCUUCAGCUGACUGCUCAUUUUUAUCCCGAACCGAUCGUUACCUGUUCUAGUGUUACAAAUUUCUGUUUUCCUCCAGCGGGCGAUGACGUGCCGGAGAUCAAAAGCCCCCAGGCCCUUCAAGGUCCACUCUCUUUGGUUUUUAUUGGCAUGCAGGGGCUAAUUUAUUUUUUUCAUUUCCACUUUACCAGACCUUUACCAGAAGUUUUGGAUUCUAGAUUUUAAGUUUACUAUCACUUAUGACUAUUAGAUCCUCUGAGCUGUACAUAGAGGACCUGCUGUAUAGCCUAGCUGAUGAAAUGGAGCUAGACUUUUGUCUUGUUAAAUCUCACUUGUAUAGCUCAAUUUUGGAGCCCCAAAUUAAUAAUUUUGUAAGUAACACAUCAAAGAGUAGCAUUUCUUAUACCUAUACCUCUCUCUUUUUCUUUUCUUUAUUUUUACUUUUAUAUGCCUAUACUAUUUAUUUCACCUGGAAAAUCUGGUUAUGCUGCUGGUAAAGCAAACAUCUUGGCAAAUUUCGUCUUUUGUGCUUCAUGAUAUGCCUCAUAUUGAGCAUUUUUUUUUUUUUUUCAAAUUAGAAUUGAUUUUCAUUUGAUCAACGCUAAUUUCACCAUCAAAGUGAGCUAUAAUUAAAAUAAAUAUGUAGGCAUUGACAAGACUUGACUGUCAGGCGCCUCUGACAGUGGAUAAUGAACUCAGACUAUUCUAAUAAAUGUCAUAUUUCUAUUGUUUCUUCUUCCAGACUGCAACAAUUUAUGAUGUGUUAUGAUACUAAGAUGAUAUCAAAAUAAUUCUGUUGUUUAGACAAUGUUUGUGCUCUCACAGUGUGUUAUUCUAAUUGGCUGCCGACAUGGUUUAGUAUUUUGAGCUGAAGUCUUUAUUUUUACCAAAAAGAAACCAUAUGUUAUAUUCAGGCCUCAGAUUGUCAUUCAUUGUGACCCUAAAUGUGUGUCUCCUUCUGUACAUAUAAUGUGAAACAUUUUUAAAAACCUGACACGAAGACGCUUGA